GGGAAAUUUCCCGCGUUAAAUGUAAACAGUAGAGGGAGUACAAGACGCCAGCAUCGUUGGGACUCGCCAAGUCCCAUUAGCACCGCCAGGACUCGCCAAGUCCCAUUAGCACCGCCAAAAUACGACAGCACCCAUUAACACCCUCUUCGACCUGGCAUACAACCACUACCACCUGAACCAUCACCAGUACCACCACCUGUAACAUCACCAGUACCACCACCUGAACCAUCACUAGUACCACCACCUGAAUCAUCACCAGUACCACCACCUGAACCAUCACCAGUACCACCACCUGAAACAUCACCAGUUUCACCACCUGAAAUAUCACCAGUACCACCACCUGAAACAUCACCAGUACCACCACCUGAAACAUCACCAGUACCACCACCUGAAACAUCACCAGUACCACCACUACCACCUGAACCAUCACCAGUACCCAAACAGCAUCUCCAAGUUCUAGCUGCUCGUCACAUCUCUGGAUUAUUCUACUCUCCACCAUGGCAGGGGCUGAACCAGAAUAUGAUUUGGACACACUGGCUGCUUUACUCGACGAAGAUGAUGACGACGAGAAAGGAGUAACAGGAGCAGGGAAGUCAACAGCCGAGUCAGAAGAUCUUGAUGCUCUCACUGCCUUAUUGAAUGAUGAUGGCUUUGAGGAAGAUGUAGAGGAAUCUAAGCCUGAUGCCACAAAUGUUAGCAUGGCUGAUUUAGGGCUUGAAUUGUCAGAUGAUGAAGACCAGCAAGCAUCCUCUAGCACAGCUCAGUCAAAAUUUAGUUCUGCUUUCUCAGGCUUUUCAAAGAGAAUGGAAAAUAAAACCCCUUUGAAGAGUGCUGAUGGUGAAGAUGUUGACCCACUAGAAGCAGAGUUACAGCAAAUGGAAGAACGCAUGAGGCUUCUUCGGGAACAACUGACUAAGAAAAAGAAAAUUGAUUUACAAGAUAAAUCGACAAGCAAAAAAUUCACUAAAUUAACUAAUGUUAACCAUGAAGCGAAACGUACAGUAAGAACACUCUCUACUGAGGAAGAAUCAAAACUCCGCAAGAGCCUUAAACGAAAGAGUGAACUGCACAGUGGUGAUACCGAUUCUGAAGAUGAAGAAGACAAUCGAAACCCCUUUGAACAGCGCUAUAAUAGCUGUGGACGUGAAAUUAAAAAGCGUAUUUCACAUGAACCAAGUCAAGCACGUAGCGAUCGCAAAGAAGAAGUUUUGGCAAGAGUUAAAGUCAAAUCUCAGCAGAAUGUCGGCUGGAAGGAAGUCGGUGGAUCUUUGGUAUCUCUGAAAGGGGCUGGUAUCUCUUCACCAGAAAGUGAUAAGAAUUGUACUAUAGAUCAAUAUUCUGGAAUUAGAAUUGUAAAUCCUGUAGUGUCGGGAGAGAUGAUGCGUGAGAGAAUGGAAGGGCGAAAGAUGGUUCGUAUGUCUACUAUCAAUUUACAUCUCCGUGGUGGAGAUAUUGAGGGAGACUGGGUCACCAUUGGAGUUAUAGUGUCAAAAAGUGAUCCAAAGACAUCACAGAAAGGUUCCCAGUACUCCAUAUGGAAGUUAAGUGACUUGAGUGACUGCACCAAAACAAUUGCGCUCUUCCUCUUCUCUGGAGCCCACAAAGCCUUAUGGAAGAGCGCUGUGGGCACUGUCAUCGGUCUUCUUAAUCCUCAAAUUAUGAAGGACAGGCAAGGCGACAAGACGACAGAUAUGCUCACACUGUCGAUAUUUGAUCAACAGAAAUCAAUGGUGAUGGGAGGCUCUAAGGAUCUCGGAUGGUGUAAAGGCAGAACCAAACAAGGAUCACAAUGCAAGUAUUUUGUCAACAAGUCUGCAUGCGAGUUCUGUGUGUAUCACAUCCAGCGAGAGUACCAAAAAUCAUCAGCUAAGCGUGCUGACAUCCAGUCAUCAUUCACCAGGGUGGACCCUCGACGCAGGCUGCAGGAGAGAGUCCUUGGCAAAGAUCAGGUAUUUUAUGGUGGGCAGCUGUACACCUCACCAGCACCAGGGAAUGCUCCCAAGCAAGCUAGAGCCAAUAAAGCCAAGGAUCUGUCAACUCUAAAUUCCCUCAAACUUAAAAUGAAGGCGGAACAGCUGAAGGCCGAAGAUAAACAAAAUUCCUUCGUCUUGAAACACAUGAGUGACGGUGAAAUUGAUGCAGUUAGACAGGUUGCUCAAAAGAAUGAUAAUUUUAGUGAGAGGCUUCUGGCACCUACCCCUGGAGCUCGUAAUCUUUUACGUCACAUGGUCAAGGAAGAUUCGCAGAAAAAGACCAUCUCAGGAGAGAUUCGCAGUGUCACUGCCAAAGACUUGCUUAAUAUGACGCAUAAACAAAUCCAGACACAUAAAAGACAACAAGAACAUUCUUUGUCGCAGUCUUCAUUGACGUUUUUGCCAGAGACAAAACUGUCAAGACCUUCAUUUUCUCCAUCGGCGAUCCCAGCCUUGGGUCGUGGUGCCCAGCCCGGAGGUGAUAUUGACUUGGACAUUUCCCCACCUAGAAGAAUGGAUCCUGCCAAGGCACGGGCGAUGGCCACAUUGCUGAAGAAAGGUGGAAUCCAAGCCAAAAAUCCAAAUGCAGAAAAAAAUACAAAGAAAGCAGCUGACCCUGACUUUCAGGAGAAAGUCAGAAAGAGAUUAAGCACGCCCUCUGAUUCUGACAGUGGGACACGACUAGCAGAGGCCAUUCUAACAGAUUCUUCUAGAUCAAAACUUGGUUCUAUUGAUGUCAACUCGGACAAAUUUAAAGCUAUGAUGGAACAGAAAUCACGUCAUACCAAUUUAAUAGAUGUUGUUGAAAAUGAGGCACUUGACAAGUAUUAUCAAGGCUUAGAGAAGAAAGAAAUGCUGGAGGAGAAGUUGUUAUCUGUCAUGGAAAUUCCUACCACUGCAUACGUUUGUCUUCAGUGCAAAUACAUGGCGGAAUCGGCAUCAGAUUUAUGCCGUGAAGAGAACCAUCCGCUAAAAUCUGUGAAAACUAAGAAGAGGUUUUUCGAAUGCAAGAACUGCAAAAGAAGAACCACUUCUUUGGACAAGUUGCCUAGGAAGUCAUGUUCAAAUUGUGACCACAGCUCUUGGCAGAGAGUUGCUAUGGGAAAGGCAAAGAAUGGACCCAAAUUGGAUUCAGAGAUAUUCUCUCUGCGAGGUGACGAACUCAAGCACUACAGUAGCAGCAGUAACCAAAUAUUUCUUCAUAUAUGAAACUUUUAUGCAUUAAAUCUCCAUUUUUAGCUGUGACUUAUUAUUUUGAAAAUAGGUCAUUCCUUUUGUAUCUAUUUUUAAAGUACAGUAUAUAUUUAAUUUAAAUUACAUUAAAGUGGAAGCCAUAAAUAUAUUUACAAACAUUUAAAUCACUAAUUCAUAAAAUAAUCAAUCCAGUUUUUGUGUUUUACUUUCUGCAACACUUAUUCAGUAGCCAUGUACUAAUCACUAUUUACCCAGAAUUAAGGGAUCAUCUGUUGCAAUUUAAACAUUAGGAAAAAUUAAAUUUACUGCAGAAAAGCAAAUCAAAUGAUAUCAAUGUAACAUUUGUCCUGCAAUUAACUAGAAAAUUUGAUGGCAGCAGCCAGAAAACCAAAAGUGGAAAUAAAAAAUCCACAUUUGUGAAAGUACAGUAUAUAAACAGAUUAAUUACAGUAAUAUGGUAUUUGGGACAACUCAUGUAUGGUAAUGAGGUAUGCCAGUAGAUAGAUUUGGCACUUUAAAAAAAAAAAAAAUGUCACAGGCAAAUUAUAUUUGUAAACAUAAAAUUAUGUCCAAUGCAAAAAUAUGUACCCAUUAACACAGUACAGGUUUCGACUAGUCCCACUUAUUACUUUCAUUAGUAGAAAUCAUAAAGUAUUUACUUAAUACAGACAUUUUGUGCCAAAACUUCUUGAUAAGGUGUUAUAGAAUGGAUAUUUCCUGUGUAAUACUUGCCUGCAUCUCCACUUUCUCAGGUUAAAUGCUACUAUAGCAUGUAGGUUCUUAGCACCAUUAAGUUCAUAUUUAAUCUAAGCCCUGUUUUAACUCUACAACUCUUACCUUCUUUUAAUCGUCAGAAUACUGGGAAAAAAGUUCCUUUCUCUACAUAAGCAAUCUUCUCUAAUACUUAAAUGCAAAGACUUUAGAAGACAUCCAUGGCCGGUUGGUCCACUCUAAUAACAGCUGUAAAAAUUAGAAUUUAUAGUUGUAUAAUUUUGUUGUACUGUAAUGUACACAUAUUAAACCCUUUGUGGACUUAUGUAUACUACUUAUGUACAGAACAUGUACGAGUAUUACACAGUACAUUAGUGCCAUCUCCAGCCAAAUUGGUGGAAUAACUGGCAGAUUACUGUACACGUGGAUGGCCAUUCCCACUCAAAUAUAAAUGUACUUUAAUAAUUUUUUGCCUAAAACAAACAUUUGACAAAAGAGCAUACUUUUGGUAGAUAUAUUCCCUUACAGUAUUACAACAAUCUAUUCAUUUUUAUGUCAACGUACCAACCAAAAACAUUGCCAGAGUACAAUAAUCACUUUUGUACUAACCCAGAAUCAUUACUUACUGUAUUGCUGACAUAAGUUGAGCAAAUUUUGAUAAUGUAAUGUAAAAAUGGUAUGGUAUGAAUGAAAAAUCAAAGAGUAGGAAAAGUAGAAAUGAUGCUCAAGUGAUUAUUAAAAGAAGGUAUCAAAACUAUGUAGCAGUCUGAGAAAGAAAUAAAAAUUUAAAGUUGAAUGCACAAGUUAAUAAAUUGCUAGAAUGAGGGAGCAUAUUGAGAUGGUUUGCGAACGUUUGACCAAUGGAUCAUGGUGGACUGGUGAAAGGUGUCCAAAUGAAUACAGAGGGGGAGUAGAAGUUUGGUCAUGGGGAUUGUGAAUAAAGCACGGGACAUUGUACAAAAGAAAGCUAGGUCAAGGGAGUGAAUAUAGCAUACAGUAUUUGAAUACUGUAUAUGGCUUACACUACAGUAUUCUUGGUCUUCUGAAGCUGUGGUGAUACUACACUGUAUACUGUGACAUAAUUGGACACAUGAAAGUAAUAUUUAGCUAUAACCUUUACUAUAAAAUACAGUUUUUUGUCUCCACUCCAUCAGUGGAAAACGAUUAAUAGAAUGUUCAUAUUUGUU